UCCUCCUCAUCAAAAGGUCAGAUAGCGGGAGGUGAACCGCGUCUUCCGUUUUCUUGGCAUCUAAACUAUAAAGAAACGAGUUGAAUUUAAUCAACAAAGCUUUUGAAUUUUGGGAUUUGGGAACUGGGAAUUGGGUUUUAUAAUUUGUUUGAAUAAAUUAUUAAUACUAUGUAUUAAUGGGUAGAAAUCGGCCCACUCAAUUUCCCACCAUUUCCAUUCCCGUCUUCCAUUUUCCGCAGAGAUAGAGAGAAUGAGCAAAGAUGACGACGACCCAGAAAGCAGAGGGUCGAUAUCAAGGCCGUACGAUUGGCUGAACAACUUCCAACGCGAUCUCUUGGCCGGGGCGGUGAUGGGCGGGGUUGUGCACACGAUUGUGGCCCCAAUCGAGAGAGCCAAGCUCUUGUUGCAGACCCAAGAGAGCAACUUGGUCAUUCUUGGGGGUGGACGUACGAGAUUCAAGGGCAUGGUCGAUUGUAUCGUCCGUACCGUUCGAGAAGAAGGCAUUCUCUCUCUUUGGAGAGGCAAUGGCAGCAGUGUUCUUCGCUACUACCCUUCCGUCGCUCUCAAUUUUUCCCUCAAGGAUCUUUAUAGAAAUGUGUUAAGAAGUGGACACUCUCACGAUGGUCAUUUUUUGUCUGGUCCAUCUGCUAACUUCAUUGCUGGAGCUGCUGCUGGUUGUACAACAUUGAUUAUAAUAUACCCACUUGAUAUUUCACAUACCCGCCUGGCUGCUGACAUUGGAAGAACUGAAGUCCGACAAUUUCGAGGCAUCUACCAUUUCUUGUCUACCAUUCGCCAAAAGGAUGGGAUUCGGGGGGUAUACAGAGGGCUUCCAGCCUCUUUACAGGGGAUGGUCAUCCACCGUGGCCUUUACUUUGGGGGCUUUGAUACAAUAAAAGAGAUUUUGUCAGAAAAGUCUGAACUUGAGUUGCCAUUGUGGAAGCGUUGGGCGGUGGCUCAGGCGGUCACAACCUCUGCUGGGUUGUUGUCAUAUCCACUGGAUACAGUUCGGAGGCGGAUGAUGAUGCAGUCUGGCUUGGAACAGAGGAUGUACAAUAACACAUUGGACUGCUGGAGGAAGAUAUAUAGAACAGAAGGGGUGACUUCAUUUUAUCGCGGGGCAGUUUCAAACAUGUUUCGGAGUACGGGUGCUGCUGCCAUCUUGGUUUUGUACGACGAGGUCAAGAAGUUCAUGAAUUGGGGUGGAUUAUAGCAGGAAAUCACUUUUCCCUGUCGCUUCAUUUUUAACCAAAAAAAAAAAAGUGGGAUUUAGAGUAGUAGGACUAGAAUGACGCAGAAAAUGGGAAUUCAAUUACAACACGAAUAUUUUGUAAAGUGCAGAUGAGUUUGAUAUUGUAAUUUUGUAGCAUGGAGUGAUGAUGACAUUCAUUUUUGCCACCUUACUUUUUGAGGCUCUGGCAAUUUACUCA